AAUUUCUCUGGUUGGCGCGAGUCUACCCAGUCCGGUUGCUGAACUCGAUGCCGACGCGCGCGAACCGUGUUCCAAUUUUUAAAUCGCGCGUCAAUUAACCUAUGACACUGAAAAAGUUUCUAACAUAAACAUAAAGUUAUCUGUGGUGCAAAAUGAAAGUGUUCAUUGGAUUAUUUUUAUUAUCAAGCCUAUCAUCGACAUUAGCAAGGACCCCAGCUCUAAUCCUGACACCGCUCAUCAAGAAAAACUUAGUGGAACAAGCAAGAAACUUAUCCGUCGUAGAUCCCAAAUUAUUCUUGAACAGGACCAGUUACUCUGGGUUCUUCACGGUUGAUGAAAAGCUGAACUCGAAUUUAUUCUUCUGGUAUUUCCCGGUACCAAACUAUACGGAAGAAACGCCAUGGAUAUUAUGGUUGCAAGGAGGUCCUGGUUCCACGAGCCUGGCUGGUCUCUUCGACGAGAUCGGACCUUUCGAAUAUACGAACAACGAGUUGAAAUUGCGGAGUUCGACCUGGGCCAAAGACCAUUCGCUGCUGUUUAUCGACAACCCUAUAGGCGCCGGCUUCAGUUUUACCAACAGCCCUAAAGGCUUCAUACAAGAUAUGACCACGUGUUCGUCGCACCUAUACAAGGCUUUACACCAGUUUCGGCUGGUGUUCCCCGAGGUGGCCAAAGCGCCGUUGUACAUAGCCGGAGAAUCUUACGCCGGCCGAUAUCUACCAGCUCUCGGCAUCAAGAUUCUAGAACAGGACCACAGUAUCGGACUGCUGGAUGUUAAUUUACAGGGCAUCAUACUGGGCAACCCAGUGCUGAGUCGGGACAGCAUAGCAGACUACAGCUCGGUGUACUACCAGUGGGGCCUGAUCGACAGCCAGGGCCUGCUGGCAGUCAAGCCGCUGCAGGAGGCAUAUGACAAAGCUAUUACUAGAGAAGACUCCGAUUCCGCGUCUUUGCUUCGAGAAGAACUUCUAAACCGCCUUAAUGACAUAGCAAGGCAGCAGCAGACUUUUAACAUCUUAGUGGACGACCUAUCCCACCUGGAUGACUUCGUCAGCUACAUUCGAAGACCCGAAGUGACCGAAGCCCUGCACGUCGGCAGCAUAGAGUUCGCCUUCCAUAACGCAACAGCUCAUAAUAUGCUCACUCCUGACUUCUUGAGCGAAGUCCGCUCGAAGGUGGAAAUGCUGCUCAAUCAUUAUAGGAUACUUAUUUAUUGUGGGCAGAUGGACCUGACAGCUCCAUGCGUGCCCAACGCUAGAGCUCGCAGGAAGCACUGGCACUGGAACAAACGGGAAGAAUUCUUGAAUGCAUCGCGGACUCCUUGGUGGUUUGACAAUAAAGUCGCUGGCUACGUGAAAAGCGGAGGCAGCUUAACAGAAGUCCUAGUCAGAGGUGCAGGACAUCUAGUCCCUCUAGACAAGCCAGCAGAAACGACGGAACUAAUCAGUCGCUUCAUUAAGGGCCUCGCCAUGCCUUUACCUCCGGAUUACCACAUUAUGGCCCAAGAUACCGCGAAAUACAUUGAUGAUGAGCUAGAAGGUGUUUCCAAGACUAUACUAGAAGUUCCUAUUGUGUCCCCAUCAGGGUCUCAAACUGUGAUGGUAGUGAGCAUAGUAUUAAACGUGCUGUUGAUCUUAGCUUUAGUUUGUGGUGUAGUGUAUGGGUUACGAUGGAAGAGACGGACUGAUGCGUACUUGUACAACACGGUUGACGAAACCAGUAUUACUUCCACUAUGUUUUAAGGAGUCAGGAUUCUA